AUGAGUGCGAUUUUGUCUGCAGAUGACCUUAAUGACUUCAUAAGCCCAGGAGUCGCCUGUAUUAAGCCCGUUGAGACUCUUCCUCAGAAAGGGCAAUCACAUCCAGAGGACCCUUACCAGGUAACGACGGAAGAUAAAGUCCAGCACGAGAACCCUCCUCCUGCGCAAAUAUCAUUAACCGACUGUCUUGCAUGUUCAGGAUGCGUCACAUCAGCAGAGGCUGUAUUGAUUUCGCUGCAGUCGCAUUCAGAAGUCCUUAACACCCUUGAUGCAUAUCCGGGGAUCUCCUUGACACGAGACUCAAAUGGGAUUGUUGUUGGGAGUGAGAAUCCAUCUGGAGAAGGAAAGAUUUUUGUCGCGAGCGUCAGUCCCCAAGUGCGGGCCAGCUUAGCUGCAACUUAUGGGAUCACGGAGCAGGAGGCGUCUCAUAUGAUUGAUCAGUUUCUCAGAGGCCCUCAUGGGUUGAGAAAUGGUGGCGCGCAUGGCAAUUGCUUUACCUGGGUGGUCGAUACAAAUAUUAUGCGUGAAGUAGUAUUGGCUCUCACAGCGGAUGAGGUCAUGGAGAUGAAGCAUCUUAGAGAGCCCUCGGCAGCAAGUGACUCAAGCAGCCCUAUCCCACAACGCCCCAUUUUGUCAUCGGCUUGCCCAGGCUGGAUAUGCUAUGCUGAGAAAAGCAAGCCUUUUACUAUACCUCAUUUAUCUCGGUUAAAAUCUCCCCAAGCGCUGACGGGAACCUUCCUUAAAACCAUCUUAAGCAAGGUCUUGGGUGUUCCACCGUCUCAAAUAUGGCACCUUGCCAUCAUGCCGUGUUUCGAUAAGAAACUCGAGGCUAGUCGAGAAGAGCUUACUGAUGUAUCGUGGCAACCAUUAGAAAAUCGGAAGUCGUCAACCCCAAUCCGUGACGUUGACUGUGUUAUUACUUCUCGUGAGCUUCUUACGUUAGCUUCUUCCAGGGGGGUUUAUCUUCCGGAUCUUCCUUUGAGGGCACUCUCUCCAUCUUAUGCUCCUCAUAUUCCCGACCAGAUUCUCGAUUCAUUCUUCUUCUCAAAUCGUUGUCCAUCUAGGCAAACAGCUGAAAGUGGAACCUCUGGGGGCUACCUCUACCAUGUCCUUGCCGCUUUACACUCACGGAAUCCGGGCAGCAAGAUCGUGAUUAAGCCUGGACGGCAUGAUGUAGUAGAAUAUGAGCUAUUGCCUUCGAAAACAUCCACAGGCAAUGACGAAAAGCCCAAGCCCAUUUUCACAGCGGCUCGCUACUAUGGCUUUAAGAACAUUCAAAAUCUUGUCCGAAAGCUGGAGCCUAAGCGAAUGCCAGGCCUAUUGGGGAGAAAAAUGCCCGCUACAGGAAGCCGACGACAGCCAAUAUCCUUGACUUCCUCAAAGGGAGCAGACUACGACUAUGUCGAAGUCAUGGCUUGUCCUGGUGGUUGUACCAAUGGCGGUGGACAAAUACGGAUCGAAGACACGCUGAAGGGGGCUCCACAAGACGGGUCUGAUACAGCGUACAAGCCAUCAUCAGAAGAGAAGCGAGCCUGGUUGAAGACUGUCGAUGAAGCAUACUUUUCUGCGGAAUCGGACUCAGAUACCGAUGGGGAACACCAAUCGGUUGAGUCUUCUCUGACAGAAGCGGAAGAAAAAAACCGGGUGAUCAUGCAAUAUUGGUCUCGUCUGAUGGACGUUCCACUCUCGAAGCUCGUGUAUACCACAUACCGCAAGGUAGAGAGUGACGUGGGUAAGACCAACAAAUCCAAUGAUACAGCCCGCGUCGUCGAGCUGGCUGGAAAGAUUGGGGGCGGCUGGUGA